CCCUUUUUUUAGGCUCCGCCCUUUCGCCGAGGGGAGUUCGGGAGAGGCUGCUGCGCAGCAACCGGAGGAGGAAGAGGAGGAGGAGGAGGAAGGAGCAGCAGCAGCAGCACAAGCGACGACCACCGGCUCCGGCACCCCAGCGGAGGCGACCCUCCCUUUCGCAGGCACCCUCAGCAGCAGCAGCCGCCGCCCCGGGGCGGCUCAGGAGGGGCAGGCCCAGGCCCGACCGCCGCCACCAUGGUGAAGAUCGCUUUCCAGUCGCCCUUCGCCCACAAGGACGAGCCCAAGAAGGAGGCGGCCGAGGCCUUGGUGGCCGAGAAGGAUCCGGAGAUUGCGACACACACCCACGAACACUCGUCCGGAAAAUGUCUUCUGACACUCCUUGGUCUUGCCUUCAUCUUGGCAGGAGUGGUUGUCGGCGGAGCCUGCAUCUAUAAGUUUUUCAUGCCAAGGCACAAAGUAUUCCGUGGACAAAUGUGCUACGUGGGAGAGGAAAAUCAAGAUCGGGUGGCCGAGCCCUACUUCUUGCCCAUUGCUGAAGAGGCUGAUAUUCGUGAGGCUGACAACAUCGCCAUAAUUGACGUCCCUGUUCCGAAAUUCUCUGACAGUGAUCCUGCAGCUAUUGUUCAUGAUUUUGACAGGCUCCUCACAGCCUACCUUGAUCUGCAGCUUGGCAACUGCUAUGUGAUCCCUCUGAAUACUUCCAUUGUUAUGCCCCCACGGAAUCUGAUGGAUCUCUUUGCAAAAUUAGCGACUGGUUCUUACUUGCCUCAGACCUACCUUGUGCGAGAAGAAAUGGUUGUGACAGAAGAGAUUGAUGAUGUGUCCGAUCUGGGGAUUUUCAUUUACCAGCUUUGCGUUGGGAAGGAAACUUUUAGACUCCAGCGCAGAGAUAAGAUCAUCGGCCUCCAGAAACGUUCAGCCGAAAAAUGCCACACAAUCCGGCACUUUGAAAACCUGUUUGUUGUUGAAACCAAGAUCUGUCAGCAGUGAAAAGUACCACGCGGCAGAGUGACAAUCACGCAUCUUCAUUAAGAAGUCCAAGCUUUACAUCUUUAAAACUUCAGAAUUAAAAUGUGCAGUGAUAAUCAAAAGCCUUAUGCUUUUUUUUGUGAAUUGCUUAGAUUAAAAAACGAAAAGCAAACUCCAGAUUCAUCAUAGGGGUUUUUUUUUGUUCUUUGAUUCCCUGGUGCUGCUGAAUUUUCCAGAUAACCAAUUUUGAAUAGAAACUAACACGUUAACGGAUCGCCUCUUCUCCCCUGUAUCUGUUUCAGACUGUUUUAAAAGUGAAAGCUUAAGUCCUGCAUAGAAAUAUAAUUGCUAUCUUACUCUUCACAAAAUGAUGAUGAAAACAAUUCAUUAUACUCUGGUUUGCACAUUUUUGCUUAAACCUGUAAAAUUUUUCUGCACCUGAUCUCCUGAUAGGGGGGAAAAUAGCAUCAAGACUUUAUUUGAAAUUCAUGUGUGAAGCAUGUAUUCUUUAACCUUGGUAAUCGUUGGCUAACAUGGCUUUUUUUUUUCCUUUUGUGCAAUUACUGUAUUGAAUUUGUAUGUAUAUUUGGAACCUUCCCUAAGCUGAUCUUGCUCCUUUUUUUUUUCUCUUCUUAGUUUUCGUUUUGUGAUACUUAGUUGUCUCUCUAAGCACAGUUACUCCUUAAAAGCUUUUAUGUUAAUAUUUUGUUGCUUAGUAGUUUCAACAUCUUAAAUUACGAGCUUACGAGUAAUGACAGCUGGAUUUGGCCCAGUUGUCCAUGUUUCUGUAGCUAUAAAUUCCCUUUGAGUCUAUCUUAUAAAACUUUUAGAGCAGAACUUCUUAUAUGCAAGGCGAGACUCUUGCACAGUCCGUGCAGAGGACUGUGGAACACGGUGGUAAAAGGAUUGCUAGUGAGCUGAUAAGUGUUUUAUAAGGGACUUUAUAUUUCACACAAUCCUGCAACCCUCUAAUAAAUGUUUCUUUAAGACUG